AUGGGAACUAGGAACAAUGGCAAUAUAAGUCUGUUGUUUUUUCUACUGUUUUCGGUUCUAAUUUCCAAGGGUUCAUCGAAAUAUUUUGAUCCUGUGACGGUGCAUGUAGAGAACAAUAUCGAAGGUGAUGGAGUUAAGUUGCAUAUCCACUGCAGGUCUAGGGAUGACGAUCUAGGUGAACGUACGCUCGGUCAAGGUGAGGAGUGGCAUUGGCAAUUUCGUGUUAUUCCAACUCGUACGUAUUUCUGGUGUGAUCUUCGUUGGUACGACAAGAAGGAUCAUCGUUGGUACUCAGGCAACUUUGAUGUUUACCAUGCAAGUGGAAUAGUAAACAAGUACGUAUGGUUGUGUGCGCUAAAUUGCGAGUGGUCUUAUCGUCGGGAUGGAGCUUAUCUUUAUCGUAUUCAUGAAAAGAAGUGGCAGAGAAGAGCUAUUUGGCAUUGA